AGCGCGCCGUCCAAGCGCUCGGCGCCUCUGACCCGGAGCGCCACCCCCACAGAGGGAUCACGAGACCGCCUGCCGCGCCUUGUCCCGUUGCUCCCUACGUUCUCUUGCCCCCCCGCGAACUCCUCCUUCGCGCGCGUCUGCACAUGCCAUUUUCCAGCACCCAUCGUCGUCAUCCUCAGCGCUCUCCUGUCGCUCCCGUGCCCGUCGUUCUUGGCGUGGGAGAUGGACGCGGGGAGCGCCGGCGAGGCGGGGCGGCAGGAGGGGACGCCGACGGGGCCCGCGGCGCCGUUCGGCAGGUCGUCGUCGUCUUCGUCGGGUCUCGGCGCGAAGGGCGGCGCAACACCGCAGAGCUUCGACGGCGCGCUCAGAGAGCUCAAGGAUCUGCAGGCGCAGCUGCACCAGGCAGCGGACUGCUGCGAGAAGGCGUUCCUCGCCACCGAGAAGAAGCAGCUAAUCCUGGACAGUACAAAGAGCUACAUCUGCGACGCGGUUGUAGCGGUGAUUGAUCAUCUGGGGACCGUUUCAUCCAAGCUUGAGCACCAGUUGGAAGACAAGACUGAGAUCACGCAAACAGAGCAGAAGAUCAGCUUCCUCAAGCAGAGGCUCUUGACAUGCGAACAGUAUGCAAUUUCUCUCCAACUAUUGGCCGUUCGUGCAGACACUGGCGCCUGUCAAUAUCAUCGCCGUUACCUUUCGCAAUCUACUGAAAGAAACAACCAGGAAAAUGUUGCCAAGUCAAGAGGUGACCCGGAACCUUUCAAACUCAAUAGCACAGUGGCGCAGGGAGCUACUCGCACUAUGAAGCCAUAUGAAGUUGAAUCAAGCAUCGGGAGGGAGCAUGCCGUGGCGGGUGCAGACGUUGGCAACCCAGCAUCCAUAACGAGGUCAUUUUCCUUUAGAGCAGAGGAUGUUCACGUUGCUGCAGGGGGGCAUCACAAGAAGAAAAAGAAAGGCAGCCAUGGCAGCAACAUCAUGUCAUUUCUCAAGAGAAGCAAACGACAUGCAUAACUGUGAAAAGCGCCACCGGGUGUAGUUAGAAUGUGGCUAUUGCUAGAGUUUUUGCAAGCCAUGCGAAUGUCCGUUGUUCUGUAACAGGAUUGUAAAUGCAUGUUUGGGUUUGCACGCAUGUGCAGACGUGCAGUAAAUUGAAAUUCAGUGUCGACCUGAAACAUUCAUGCGGCAUCGAGGAGAAACACACACGUUCACUUCA